AUGUUGCGCACCAUCACCGCCACCAACGCCGUCCGCACCUUCAAGCCCGUCCAGGCCGCCACCGCUGCCCGCGCCUACAGCACCGGCUUCGACAGCAAGGAGAAGGCCGAGGAGGCCAGGUACAUUCGCGCCAAGGAGCAGGAGCAGAUCAAGAAGUUGAAGGAGGAGCUCGCUCGCAAGGAGAAGGAGAUCGAGGAUCUCAAGAAGACCAAGAAGUAA